UGUUUUAGGAAGAUUACUGUAUCCUAACUAAUAAAAUUGCCUUCGCACGGCCUAGAAGGAGGCGCCACGAACCUUGAAACUUUUAUGUACUAUGUGAAAUUGAAGGAUUCAGUGCUAUUGACAAAACCAAAGAUCAAAAGCAAGAAAUUUAAAGACUGCCCACCUACUAAUUCACUAAUUGAAUAGAGACGCUAUAGCAACUCCAGAAACAACCCCACCACCCCCAUUAUAAUAUAUCUUGGAAUCUUGAUCAUUCAGAAGCCAAUAGCAAACCUAGCAAAAAGAAAAGAAAGGGCUAGCUCCCACUGAAGAAUUCAUAAUAAUGUCAGAUCAAACUCCGCCGCCAAAUGCCACCACCAUUGAUCCCUACAAGCACCUCCGCAUCAUACCGGGUCCCAACGGCAACACCCUCACUGGCUUACCGGAAAUUUCAAACUUCUUUCCUAGAUCUCCACACCCCGUUCCUAUUCUCACCAAAGACAUAACCAUCAACCAAUCAAAUAAUACGUGGGCUAGGCUAUUCUUGCCCCACAAAACACUUGAUUCUUCUAACCAAAGUAAGCUUCCUCUCGUAGUUUGGUUCCAUGGAGGAGGGUUCAUUCUCUUCAGUGCAGCUACAACCUUUUCACAUGAUUAUUGUGCAAACACUGCUAUUGAACUAAAUGCUAUUGUUGUCUCCAUUGAAUAUCGCCUUGCACCUGAGCACCGCCUACCUGCGGCCUAUGAUGACGCAGUGGAGGCGUUGCUCUGGAUUAAAACCAGCCCAGAUGAGUGGUUGACACAAUUUGCUGAUUUUAGUAAGAGUUUCCUUAUGGGAGGUAGUGCUGGUGCUAAUAUAGUUUAUCAUGCUGCGUUAACGGUGGCGGAGAGAGUUGAUGAUCUUGAGCCUAUAAAGAUCAGAGGGCUAAUAUUGCACCAGCCAUUUUUUGGGGGGUCAAAGCGGACUGGAUCGGAGUUGAGGUUGGUCAAUGAUCGGAUUUUACCACUUUGUUGCAGUGAUUUGAUGUGGGAGUUGUCUUUGCCAAUCGGUGCAGACCGUGAUCAUGAGUAUUGCAAUCCAACGGCAGAGGAGGGUUCUUCAAAGGCGGCAGUAGCAAAGAUCAGGGAACUAGGGUGGAAGGUGUUGGUUGAUUGCGGAGAUAAGGACCCAUUAAUGGACCGUCAAGUGGAGUUUAUCAAGAUGUUGCAGGAGAAGGGUGUGCAAGUUGCAAGUCAUAUCGUCGAGGGAGGUUACCAUGGAGUUGAGUUUCUUGAUCCAUCAAAAUGCAAGGCCUUGUAUGCGGCUUACAAAUGUUUCAUAUCAUCUAUUUCAGUCUUCCCUUCUCUGUAACUGAGAUGAACCCUUUUGCUCUUUCUGUACCAAAUUCUAAUAAAAAUGGCAGAAAAGAAAAGACGAUGAUUAUAAA